GCAGCGCCCUCUACUACAGAAGCACCUCUAUAACAGCAGCACCUCUACUACAGCAGCACCCUCUACCUACAGCAACACCCUCUCCUACAGCAGCACCUCUACUACAGCAGCACCCUCUACUACAGCAGCACCCUCUCCUACAGCAGCACCCACUACCUACAGCAGCACCCUCUCCUACAGCAGCACCCUCUACUACAGCACCAACAGCAUCACCCUCUUCAACAACAGCACCCACACUAGCAGCACUAUCCACAGAACGGAGUAUACAGCAGGCAGUGGCACCAUACAGCACUGAGUAUACAGCAGGCAGUGGCACCAUACAGCACUGAGUAUACAGCAGGCAGCAUACAGCACUGAGUAUACAGCAGGCAUCAUACAGCACUGAGUAUACAGCAGGCAGCAUACAGCACUGAGUAUACAGCAGGCAGCAUACAGCACUGAGUAUACAGCAGGCAGCAUACAGCACGGAGUAUACAGCAGGCAGUGGCACCAUACAGCACUGAGUAUACAGCAGGCAGUGGCACCAUACAGCACUGAGUAUACAGCAGGCAGCAUACAGCACUGAGUAUACAGCAGGCAGCAUACAGCACUGAGUAUACAGCAGGCAGCAUACAGCACUGAGUAUACAGCAGGCAUCAUACAGCACAGGGUUGCGAUGGCAGCACAUGAACUAAACAAACUCCAAGUCUGCCUAUAAAUACCCGCUUUCCUGCUGCCCAGCUGCACAACGUGAACCCUCCAAGCUGAGCUGAGAGAGAGAUUGCUGGGGAUGGACAGAUCAUCUGUGAUUUCCUUUAUGUCUGGGAGCUCAGCGCCGGAUUACUGGAUCGAUGGCUCCAACAAGGACACCUUGGCCCGUCACUACGAUCUGGAGUCUGAGCUGGGACGGGGAGCAACUUCCGUUGUAUACAGAUGUCGACAAAAAGGAACACAGAAGCCAUUUGCUGUCAAAAUGCUGAAGAAAACUGUAGACAAGAAAAUUGUAAGAACAGAAAUUGGAGUUCUACUGAGACUUUCUCAUCCAAAUAUUAUCAAAUUGAAGGAAAUAUUUGAAACUCCGACAGAAAUUAGCCUCGUCCUCGAACUUGUGACUGGAGGCGAACUGUUUGACAGGAUUGUGGAGAAAGGUUAUUACAGCGAGCGAGAUGCAGCUGACGCAGUGAAACAGGUCCUGGAGGCAGUUUCAUAUCUGCAUGAGAAUGGGAUUGUCCACCGAGAUCUGAAGCCAGAAAAUCUUCUUUAUGCUACUCCUGCACCGGAUGCUUGUCUCAAAAUCGCUGAUUUCGGUUUGUCUAAGAUUGUCGAUGAUCAAGUGACAAUGAAGACUGUAUGUGGUACUCCAGGGUAUUGUGCUCCUGAAAUUCUCAGAGGCUGCGCUUAUGGACCUGAGGUGGACAUGUGGUCUGUGGGCAUAAUAACCUAUAUAUUGCUUUGUGGCUUUGAACCUUUCUAUGAUGAGCGGGGGGAUCAAUACAUGUUUAAAAGAAUUCUUAACUGUCAUUAUGACUUUGUCUCCCCCUGGUGGGACGAUGUAUCUUUGAACGCCAAGGACUUGGUUAAAAAGUUAAUAGUGUUCGAUCCGAAAAAGCGUCUCACCACUCAGCAAGCGUUACAGCACCCGUGGGUAACAGGAAAAGCGGCAAACUUUGCUCAUAUGGACACAGCUCAAAAGAAACUUCAAGAGUUCAAUGCUCGACGCAAGCUCAAAGCAGCAGUUAAAGCAGUAGUGGCUUCGACCCGCCUAGGAAGUGCUGGCAGCCAUAGCAGUCACGAUAGCAAUAAGACCAGUCGAAAUCAAUCUCCAGUACAGGAGAGUGGUCAUGAAGAAGUUCCCACUCAGGAAUCUAAACAGGAUGCGGAUGGUGGGUCAUGAAUAUACCAUCUCCAUGUUUCGGUCAAGGUCUAUGCCAUUUCACGCACCAGCAACAUCAACUCGUCUCCCAGAAAAAAAAAAAGAUUCUUUAGCAUGGCCUUGGGGCAUUUUUUCUUUAUUUUACUUGAGGAGGUGCAACGAAGUGUGCAAGAUGGCUAUACUACAGAUUAUCCAGUGCAUGUGACUUCUUCUAGAAAAUGGCCGACCUCAAACAUGGAUGAUACAACUCUCAAUAAUCUACCGACAUGUGAACUAUGACAUGAGUAAACAUUAUUUUAAUUAUAACAUUGAUAUGCAUAGAAUCUACAUGAUAGAUAACAUAUGAAGUGUGAAGUCUUUUUAUUUCGAAAAUUUUAUAAAGCUCUGGAACUUAAUAGGGAUUAAGCUAAAUAGUUUGAGUUUUCAUUUCAUAUUAUUACGAUGUCGUUUUGGAUUGACACUGAUGCUCAAGAUGUGUACCACUUUUGAGUUUUAUCACUUAUAUCUAACAACUGUUUACAUGAAAAUAGUAUGUGCAUUUAUGCAAAAAAAAAACCCCACAAAAACAAAAUCAAAAAACAUUCCACAGAUACGAUGGUUCCGUGUAUAGUGUUGCGACUCUUGACUGCACUCAAAGGUUUAAGAAUGCCUUACGGUAACACUUUAUAUACAGUAUUUUAUUAACCAAAAGAGCACUUUCAUAGAUUUUUUCUGCCAUUGCAUUAUAUAGAAUUGGAAAUAUGUAACAUGUAUACCUAAGCAAAAUAAUACAUUAUAGCUUGCACGCUG